AUGCCGAAAGCGCUCAAGAAGCGAAAGCCGAAGCCUGGAGCCGGCGAUGAGGACCCGGGCGAGCAGGGCAGCGGGGCCUCGCUCGAGGACGUGGCGAGCUUCUUAGCACGGAAGCUCGAAUUCCACUUCACGAAGGACAAGGACGCGGAGCGCACCGUUGACCCAGCUGAGUGCAAGGAGCUGCUUCAGGUGCUCGGCGAGCUUCGGCAGAAGGUGCAGGGUGUCCACUCGGGGGCCUACAAGACGCUGGUGCUGAAGUUCCAGCGAGGCCUGGACGCAGCCACGGGCGCGAAACCCGGGGAGGGCGGUGCAGCUUCCCGCGGACCCGCAGCCUACUUAGAGAUGAAGGUGCAGCUGCUCCUCAGCUACCUGAUCGCCUUGACGUACUACCUGCUCCUGAAGGUCAAAGGUGUGCCGGUGGAGACCCACCCAGUCGUGCCCCGGCUCCUGUGGAUCCGGUCGCUUCUGGAGAAGCUCAAGCCAGUGGACCAGCGCCUGCAGUAUCAGAUGAACAAGCUCCUGCAGUGGACGGACGCCAAGAGAGCGGAGCAGCUCGCAGGCCAGACAGAUGCGCAUGCCCUCCGCCCGGGGAAGUUGGCGACCACGGUAGCAGAUGAGGAGGAGGAGGGCGAGGAGGCGUCGGAGGCGCCAGAGGAGAAGGAGGAUGCGGUCUACAAACCGCCCAAGAUCUCCCAGGUGGAAUACACCGGCGACCAUGUCUCCAUGCAGGAGAAGGCGGAGAAAGAGCUGGAGCGGAAGAAGGCCCGCCUCGAGCGCAGCGAGUUCAUGAGAAGCCUGCGUGAGGAGUUCACAGAUGCGCCUAGAGAGAUUCUGGGCGAGGAGAAGUCCGCACGAGCUGCGAAAGCGGAGCGGCUUCUGCAGGAGCAGCAAGAGUACGAGGAAGAUACGAUGACCCGGAUCAGGGUCAAGAAGGCCGACGCCCGCAAGCA